AUGUCCGCCCAGUCCAAGGGGACCGCAUCCUCCUCCUCCUCCUCGCCGACCGAGGGGCCGCCGGCAGCCUCCAAAGCCAAGGUGAAGGAGCAGAUCAAGAUCAUCGUGGAGGAUUUGGAAUUAGUCCUGGGGGAUCUGAAAGACGUCGCUAAGGAACUUAAGGAGGUGGUUGACCAGAUUGACACACUGACAUGUGAUCUGCAGCUGGAGGAUGAGAUGACGGACAGUUCCAAAACAGACACACUGAACAGCAGCUCCAGCAGCACAACAGCCUCCAGCUUGGAGAAGGUCAAAGUGCGGGGCAGCGCUCCCCUCAUCAAACCCCCCGCGCACCCCUCCGCCAUCCUCACUGUGCUGCGGAAGCCAAACCCGCCCCCUCCUCCCCCUCGACUGACACCUGUCAAAUGUGAUGAACCUCCCCGGCUGCCUCCUUUGGCCAACCCAGUUAAGACCAAUGGCACGCUGCUGCGGAAUGGGGGCCUGCCCGUGGGGCCCGGUCGCAUCCCCAAUGGAGAUAUGUGCUGUAUAGCCAACGCUAACCUGGAGAAAGUUGUGAUGCAGCCUCUGGUGCCCAGAGCUGAGAAAGAGCGGUGUGCUCAGCCGGGAGCCAGGGAGCGGGUACGGUUCAGUGAAAAGGUGCAGUACCACGGCUACUGCCCCGACUGUGACGUUCGGUAUAACAUUAAAAACAGGGAGGUGCACUUGCACAGCGAGUCGGCCCGGGCUGCAGGAAAGCUGCCACACCAGUGCCCUCCUCUGCCACCUCCUCCACCUCCGUUGCCUCCAUUUCUUCUGGAAAAUGGAGGGUUGGGGAUAAGUCCCAGUAACAGCUUUCCUCCUCCAAGACCUGCAACUGUGCCUCCACAAACUGCGCCAAAACCCCAGAAGACCAUCUUGAGGAAAUCAACCACUACAACAGUGUGA